AUGGCCUCGUUUCGAACCCUGCUGCCUGCGGCUGGCGCACACCGUCCGGAAGACUCUCCGGACGACGGGCCGCCUUCCAUGCAUCCCCAUCGGCCGCUCCUCAAGCGCAUCCGCAGCGUGCCACAGGCCUGCCAGAUGUGCCGGCAGAUGAAGGCCAAGUGCGAUGGUGGCAGGCCUCGCUGCGGCAACUGCAUCGACCGUGACCGGCCGUGUGGCUACGAGGGCGAGGCCGGCCAGUCGCGCCAGGCGGCCAUGCGGUCGAGGCUUGCGGCCUACGAGAACGUCUUUGCAUCGUUGCGCCAGGCCUCACAGGCCGACUCCGAGCGGCUGUUGUGCCGUCUGCGCGUCCUGGACGAUCCCGUUGCGAUGCUGCGCGAGACCGGCGGCUCGACCACGGUGCCGUCUUCGGCCUCAUCUCCCAGGGUUGCUACGGCUUCGACUCUCGCAGCGGCUGCCGUACUGUCAUCUCCUAUAGCUGCCUCGGCCACCGGCUCUGUCUCCGACUCGGGCGACGAGCUGAGCGCCAGUCCUCCCAAGAAACCCGCCCAGAUGUCCCCCUCCGGCCUUCACAGCACCAUCCUCGUCGAGCUCGCCAUGCCUGGGGCUGCCGUCACGGCCAAGGCGCUCUCCGAGUUCUACAAACACGGCGGAAAGCUGCAGCACGUCUUCGCCGAAGACGAGGCCGGCCGGCUCUACGCCAUGCUCUUCGGCUCCCCUGCACCGGUGUCGACCUCGGACAAUAACCGGAGCAUCGCCACAGCCUGCGUUGCCUCGAUCGUUGCUGUCGGCAUGCAAACCUCGCCCGACCUGUUCACCCCCGAUCAGGCCCGGACAGCCUACAAUCUGGCCAAGCACUACUUUGAGCUCGUCAUGGAAGCGGCCCCGUUCACCGCUAUCAAACUCGCCACCAUGCUGGCCAUCUUCAACCUCAUGGCGCAGAACACGGUAGCACUCAUGUGGAUAGGCGUCGGCUUGAAGCUGUGCCGCACACAUGGCCUUUUCCAUAAGACGCCUAUCGAUCCGAUAAUAGCAUUGGACGAGUGGGUGAAGCUGCGAAGGUCCUGGCGAAUACUUGUUUGCCUGUCGUGCUGGCUAUCCUUCACCAUAGGUUCGAUAUCCGGACAGGAGGUUGAGUUUGAGAGAGUCAAUCCGUCGGCGAUGGAGUUCGAGGCAGUGCCGAGUAUCGAAGAAGCCAUCGAGGCGGAGUCUGCCAAGAUUGCCGUGCUCACCGUCGAGAUCUUGCGGGUGCACUUUGCGUUCAAGGAGAUCACCGUGCUGUCGUUCGAGUCGGUCCUGCGAGACCUGCAGAGCUGGCACAACAAGCUGCCCUUCCAACUGUACCUGGCGAACCUGAACGACAGUCUCUUGUCGCCCGAGACGCAGCGCGAGGCCUCGCGUCUCCACCUGAUGCACCUGGGCGCCAUCGUUCUGGUGUACCGCCGCAUGGCGUCGCAGUUCAGCUGCAUAGAAAACACCCAGGCGAGCCGCCAGAUCCUCGUCCAGGGCCUCGACGGCAUACCUGACAGCCUUCUGCGGCAGGGCAUCGCAGCAGCACGCACGACGGCCCGCAUCCUGUCCCAUCUCGUCGACAGUCAGCGCAUUCCGAGACGGUGUUGGGUUGUCAUAAUCCAGGCAUACACGUGCUGUAUCGUGAUUCUCCACGUUGUCGCGCAGCGGCAGCUGCAUCGAUGCCACCCCGACACGUGGGAGGGCGAUCUGCAGCUGGCCCGCGUGUGCCUCCAGGUGCUCAACUACAGCGGUGCCGUGGACGACGUGGCGAAGGAGUUCCACGGGAAGCUGCAUCCCGUCUUCGUGGAUCUGUCCAGGGACCAGUGGUCGCGCGGCUACGGCAUGGCCGGCAGUGAGACAGGCUCGGCCGAGCGCGGCCAUGUCGGCUUCGAGAGCGUGUCGUUGCUCCUGACUGCUCCUCUCACUACAGACCCCGGGCACCUCGGUACAUCCCUCGACUUGAUGGCCAUGUUGGGCCGACCAUUCCGCAGCCUCUGGGCCAUGAACGCACUGUCAGAUGACGGCCGGCCGGCCAGAAGACCGAACCUAGAACUCCCGCAGCUUUCGGAGUGCCUGUCUCGCCAUGUCUGGACGCGAGGAGGUGCACGAGGCAAGCCGGCCACCCCGACGUUCUCGCCCGUGUGUGUCGGUCGAUCCCGUGCUAACCGGCGUCUGCAGGGCGCGUCUGUGCAGGAGCAGCUGGUCGAGGCCUGCCGGCGCAACAACACCGACCUGCUGUCGGAGGUCUUGGAGGGCCGGUCGGAAGACGAGAUCGCCCGGCUGCUGAACGAGACCACAACGGUGAUGGGGAAUCACCUGUACCACGAGGCAGCGGCGGCAGGAAACUACGAGAUCAUCGACAUGCUCCUCGACCAGCCCGGCUUCGAGUGCGAUCCUCUGUCCCGCCGCGAAAAGGACACGCCCCUGCACACGGUCGUGCGCUGGUCCAACAAGGAGCCGCCGGCCCAGCAGCCGUUCGCCCAGGCGCUCGUCGAGAUGAUGCUCGAGGCUGGGUCUAACCCGCGGCUGAAGAACGGCGCCGGCCUGACGGCCACCCAGCUGGUCGACCCGCGCUACCCGGGCCUGCGGCAGGUCAUCCAGCGCCACGAGUACGCGCAGCUCAACGCCGGCGACUUUGUUGAGGCCGACGCGCCCAAAGCCAAGAAGAACAAAACCUCGGCACCUUCGGCACCUUCGGCACCUUCGGCAGCCAAGAACGACGACGACGACGCCGACUUUAGCGGCAGCGACGAGGGCGAGCGCGCCGAGUGGGAACGCAAUCACAAGGCCCAGCGAGCCCGGACCUGA